AUCAGCUCAACUUGACCAGCUGCUCUUGCAAUGCCAUUUGUUGCCAGCCAUGAGAAAGAGUUGCGCUUUGCACUACUUUCCUUGUUUCCAUCUGCUGGGCUAAAAGAGGUGAGUGAGGCUGCAAAGAGUGGCAACUUCGACCUGGCUGUGGAGAUUCUGCGGGCUCGUGAAGUCGCGGAGCAUGCUGCGGAGCCUGCGGAGCCUGCGGAGCCUACAAAGAGUAAGAGACUGCUCGAUUCUCCCGAAGUGUCACCCAAGGAAAAGUUUGGCUCGGCCAGAGCUGACACUGGGGUUCCGGAAUCGGAAUCCGAGGGAGGCAUAGCUCCUGAAGUCCUGACAGAGGUCCUCGCUGCGGCAAAGUCAGACAGCAUUACGUCCCAGAAGCAGGGCAACCAAGGAGCAGGAGGAUAUCGCACGCAGGAUGGAUGGGAGAUCAGGUGCCAUGUUGAUCAUUCUCAGACGUGCCAAUCUUUGCGAACACUUCAGUCGCAAUCCAAGAAGACGGAGGAUGCUGCUGAUACCAUCCUUCGACACGUGGGUACUGACAACACAGCAGCAUUUGCAGCAGUUUGCUUCGAGAAAAUGAUGCAACGAGAGCAGGAGAUGGACGAGGGCUUUUGCGUUUUCUAUCAUCAUUACAAUGGUGCUGCCUUGCUCUAUGAGGUGCAGGCAGAGAUUGCUCGAUAUGCCUUUGAUUUGCCAGACACAUUUGCGCCGCUACCUCGUGUCUUGCUGGGUCAUUUUGCGAAUGCCACUUUGCAACAUCUUCAGACUUCCUUUGCAUCCGCAUCUCUCCAGGGCCAGGACCAUGAUCCAUGGUUUCGGUCCUUGGCCAUCUCUGCCUCUCCGACCCUCUUUGCAUUUGGCUCUGAAGCGCCCCCGCUCCAUUGCUUCCGAGAAGGCUAUGGGUGCACUGAUCUCUCGUUCCGCGGUUUGCUGACGAGUCUUCUGAAGGAUGUUUGCAAGAUCCACAUCCAGAAGGCUCAAGAUCUGGUACGUGAAUUGAGCGACGUUGGUGCCAGGUUUGGCCUUCAAGUGGGUGGUUACGAUCCCGAAGCCCGUACUGAACUCAAGCGCCUGGGUGGACACAUGCUGCAAAUUUUCAUCUCCAAAAAGGUUGUCAAGAAAUACGUGUACCACAGCAAAGCUUUUGGAAUCCCGAUCGAUACUGAACUAGAUGUUUGGCUUGCAACACCGGAAGCUGUUGGCAAGGAGCUGGAUGGCCAAGUGCGAAUUCUUUUUGAUCCGGAACUCUUCCUCACUGACAAAGGGCGUCUUUUUCACUACUGCGGAGAUUGGGAAUUUCUUGGUGGUGACGAAGAGAUGAAGGACUCUCGCGCCGCCUUUGUGGCCGAGAUCAGACGUGUGCUGGCACCCGUGCGAAAGAUCCCUGUCCACGAGCUCCAGUCGCGGCUGCGAAGCGCGCGCCCGGGCCAGGCGCCAGCAACGUCCAAGAAGCACAGUUGAUUCAGCAAAAGAUGACACGCAGCGGAGUUUUAAUGGUAAGGCAAGUGCUUGGUGAACACUGAACACCAGCAUUUUUCAUACCUUUUAAGUCCCGAAUUGUUUGUGACGCAAAAAGGCAACCGUCUCUGGAUUUUGCCAGAGCUAUCAAAUAGUGACCCUUGAAAGGCAUGUACAGUGUACAGGCCAUCUCGUUGAUGCAUGCUUUGUGCCCCUUGUACCAACGGAGCUCCAGUGCUUUCACCCCGAUUGCAGUCAGAGUUCCUUUAGAUUCGGUUUAAUUAUCAUAAUUACGGACCAUUAUGGAUGGAUACAGCCUCUAUAGAAGCUAAGGAAUGAAG